GCGGCGGCGGCGGCGUCGCGGGCUUGUGUGUUUGUCUCUCUGUGUGUGUCUCUGUGUGUGUGUGUGUCUCUGUGUGUGUCUCUGUGUGUGUGUCUGUGUCUCUGUGUGUGUGUCUCUCUCUGUGUGUGUGUGUGUGUCUCUGUGUGUGUCUCUGUGUGUGUCUGUGUGUGUGUCUCUGUGUGUGUCUCUGUGUGUGUGUCUGUGUGUGUGUGUGUGUCUCUGUGUGUGUGUCUCUGUGUGUGUCUCUGUGUGUGUCUCUGUGUGUCUGUGUGUGUGUCUGUGUCUCUGUGUGUGUGUCUCUGUGUGUGUCUCUGUGUGUCUGUGUGUGUGUCUGUGUCUCUGUGUGUGUGUUUCUGUGUGCGUGCGUCUCUGUGUGUGUGCCAGUGUGUGUUUCUGUGUGUAUCUCUGCGUGUGUCUCUGUGUGUAUCUGUGUGCCAGUGUGUGUGUGUGAUUAUUUGAACCGGUCCUGGACCUCCUCUAGGUCGACUCAGCCUCAAAUUGAGUACCCGGUAUAGCGGUGUGGUAAACAUCGCCUCCGGGGAGACAAAGGCGGCCGGGCGUGGUGCUGGCCACCCACCGUCUCGUGUACCGUGCCGGUACUUAAUCGGUGCUCCUCGCUAACCGCACUUGCCCCAACAGGCCGUGCAGGCUAUACGGGGAUCUUUGUCUUUGUGUGUAAGUGUCCAGCAUCGCAGUCGGGAGCGGUGGUGCAGUGGUUAGCGCGCUACGAUCCCAGUUCGAUUCCCGCUCACGGUCCAACACCAAGUGACGAUUAUCUAAACCGGUCCUGGACCUCCCCUAGGUCGACUCGGCCUCGAACGAGUACCCGGUGCGGUGCGUAAAAAACAUCGCCACCGGGGAGACAAAGGCGGCCGGGCGUGGUGCUGGCCACCCCCCCCCCCACCCCCCUUCGUGUGCCGUGCCGGCCUUCGUGGGUGCUCCCCGCCACUCGCGAACAGCAGCGCGGCCCCAGCAGUGCCCUGGGGAGGGGGUCGCUGCAGAGCCGUCGGUGUUGCGCGUGGGGAGCGGUGGCGCAGCGGUUAGCGCACUGCGAUUCGUCAGUGGUGGAUCACUGAACACAGUCCUUGGGGCUUCCUUUUGGUCGACUCUGCCGUCAGCGAAUUCCUGGUACGUUGCGCGUGAGACGUCAGCACUGGGGAGACAAAGGCGGCCGGGCGUGGCGCUGGCCACCCACCCACUCUUCGUAGUUGGCUGUGUACGGUGCGAAAGAAGUUCAACGUAACGUACAUCUGCGACAGCCACAAGCGCAAACGCAGCGACUCGCUGGCACCCCGGCUGCUGGAGCCCCCAUCAUCACCAGCUCUAUCACUCGCGGUGGUGGUGGUGGCGGUGGCUGCGGGAGGAGAGGAGGCGGUGUCACCCGGCUACAGGAUGGGAGCCGCUCGCCUGUGCGCGCUGCUCUCCACCGUCUCGCUGCUGGGCGCCAGCUAUUACCUGUACCUGCCUCUCCCCGACUCCGUGGCCGAGCCGCACAAGCUGAUGGUGCUGGACGCCGUGUUCCGCACCGCUCAGCACGUGGGCACGCUGACCGAGCGGUUGGGGCUGUGCGACCAGGUCACCUUCCUGCAGACGAUCAUCUCGUGCGUGGCGCGUGUGCCCGCGCACUCCGACGCCGCGGUGUUUGUGCGCGACGCGGAGCUGGGCGGCGUGCGCGUGCGCGCCUUCACGUCCACGCGCCGCGGCGGCGGCCCCAAGCGCGCCGUCGUCUACCUGCACGGGGGAGGGUGGGCACUCAGCGGGGCGCAGGAGAGGGGCUAUGACUCCCAGUGCCGCGAGAUGGCGAGCAGCCUGGACGCCGUCGUCAUCUCGGUCGAUUACCGCCUGGUGCCGCAGCACCGCUUCCCCGUGCCGCUGGAGGACUGCCUGCGCGCCACGCGGCACUUCCUGCGGCACGACACGCUGGCGGCCUUCUCCGUGGACCCCGCGCGCGUCGCCAUCUCGGGGGACAGCGCCGGCGGAAACCUCGCGGUGGCCGUGGCUCUGCAGCUGGCACGGGAGCCCGAGGAGGGCUCGGCGAGCCUCAAGCUUCAGGCGCUCAUCUACCCGGUGCUGCAGGCUCUCGACUUCCAGACGCCGUCGUACCGAGAGAGCGCGUACGUGCCCAUCCUCUACGGGCGCACCAUGGUGCGCUUCUGGCUCCAGUACCUGGGCGGGGACGUGGCGCUGACGGACGCGCUGCUGGAUAACGCGCACUCGCGCCACGUGCUGCUCGACCCCAGCGGCCCCGGCGCCUUCGUCGACUGGCGCUCGCUGCUGCCGCCGCCACCCCUCCAGCCGGGGCCCGCGCCGGGCCCCCCCGUGGGCCCCGCGCGCCCCGACAUCCUGGCCCAGAUCCCGGCGCUGCUCGAUCCCAGGGCCUCGCCACUCCUGGCCGACGACGAUUGGCUGCGCACGCUGCCGCUCACCUACGUGCUGACGUGUGAGCACGACGUUCUGCGCGACGAUGGCGCCAUGCUGGUGGCGCGUCUGGGCGCGCUGGGGGUCCCCGUGCACCGCGCCCACCUGGACGACGCCUUCCACGGGGUCAUGCAGUUCAUGCAGCAGCCGCUGGCGUUCGCCGUCGGGCGGAGGGCGCUCGACGGCUACCUGGCCUGGCUCGAUGCUAACCUGUGACCCUUGACCCUGCCGGCUGCCCGUCGCACCGGCGCUGGGGGUGGCAGCGGCGGUGGUGGUGGCCGCGGUGGUGGCGCGAAGCGUAAGCGAGUAAGCCAAAGUUUAGGGAUCCCAAGCAACUCGAGGGCGGCUCCCAGGAUUCGUGAAAAGUCAGAGGCGUCCGCCAAAUAUCAGCUGGAGCUCUCACCGUCUCUCAGAGCCCUCCCCAGUCUAACAGCCCCAUCUCUUAACUCCUGACGCUUACCAUUGUCCUACAUGAGCUCAAUUAUAAUAACAGUACUAAAAUUAAAUGUUACUUCUAAAUAGUCGAUUCACGUAAUUGUUUUGCACAGCUGCUGCAAUGUAACGAAUUGGGUUUGGCCAUUAUUUAUUGUUGGUGGUCCAUUCUGCCUAUUCUUGCGCGCGAUGGCAGCAGCAGCAGCGAUGUGGUUCAGGAGCUCGAUGUCAACCAAUGUCGAGGUCUGCUACCGCUGUUGCUGGCCACGACGAGAGGGCUUCAGGGGAGAGAGGGCUCAUGUAGUAGUUUUGCUGUUCCUCCUCCUGCGUUGAACGAGUGCAGACUACAGUGUUGUUUUACUGUGUGGUCCACAGGGACAUUGGUCAUUUUAAUUUCUGCUUACGCCCCCCAAUGGAGUAGCACCACCACUACUCCACCUACUGCCCCCCCUCAUCACUACCUCCUCCACCACUACCCCCCCUCACCACUGCCCUCUCCCCUGCCUCUCCCCUCCCCUCACUGCUGUUUGCGUUCGUUCACUCGCCUGCACCACCGCGCCACAAGAGCAUUAGCAGUGCUCUCUCAGGACGUUCCCCAAAUGGCAGUGUUCGGAGUGCACGGCGGAACACAUAGAAGACGCUGGAUUAACGGUCCCUCUCUCUCAGGGUGCAAAGCUGUUCUGAGGAUGCCGGGUGGCUCGGAGAUCAGAGCACUGAGCUGGUACAACUGAGAUCCUGGGUUCCAGUUUCGAGGUUUUAGCCGCCUUGGGAUUAAACUUGAUUAGUAGUUGGUGUUUUCAGGCCGGUCACCAAUGACAUCACAAAACCUUCGCAUUAAGUUCUAUUCCGUGCUGAAUUUGCCAGUAAAAAAUGUGUCUUACCUCACGCAGCAAACAUUAACCGCACGAUUGGGAAGGACUGCCCUAUUCCACUGUGUGGGUAGAAGUGAUCUCUUCGGUAGCCCUGUGAUAUUCUCUUCCGUGGACCGUUCUCUUAACACGAAAGGUUGCACUGCUCAGCCAAAGAUCCGAUAUCUUCAUCUUAUUACAUAUCGCCGAUCGCAGAAUCAAGAUAACAUUUGAGGAAAAGUUUUUUUUAAGUCUAAAGAAAAAUAUACCAUUAUUUAAAGAAAUGUUACAUCCUCGGUGCAUCUGAUGAUUGCUAAACACGUGCUACAUCAUGCAUGCAGAGAGCGCCAAUUCAAAUAGAGAUCAUGCAAAUCACCAAUAUCGCGAUAUGACUCACCGAGACUGCGUUGAGCAAUCAGGCACACGUCGCGUAAUCUCUUGACGGCUUCUUCGAGGAGGAGAUUGGCGAAUCGGGAAAGACGUCUCUCCCGGCGGGUCGUCAGGACCGGCGCUCGGGAAUCUCGCGUCUACUCGGUCGGUGCUCCGACAAACGAUUUCACGAAACUGCAUGCGCUCGAGGCAACGUGCACACAACUGCAUGCACGCGACUUUCGGGUUGUGCCCAAUGUUGUUUUGUCGGUCGGUACGAUGUCUGCCGUUUGUUAGAUUUUUUUAAACGUGAAUGAAAAAAAACAUUCAGUCGCUGACGAAGCUCCCGGUGUAGCCACGCGCGGCAUUCAGCGAUGGCAACGCGACUGGAGAGCCACGCAGCUCCGCCGUGAAAUCCUACGCAGCAAGCGGCGGUGGCUAGCGUGCGCCGCCGCAGCGUCUUCCUGGCCUCGGAGGCCCGGUAGGUUCACACGCACGCCGUGUGUGGUAUUACGCGCCUCGCCGUGUGUCGUUUGGGGUUCGUGGCACUGGGGGAGAGAGGUGUUAACUCGACGCUCUGGAUAAGGUUACUCCGUUGUGCCUGGCUGCGUCUGCACCUGUGCACGCUUGGCAUUUUCAAAUUCAGCCGUGGCGCCGCCACGCUCCUGCGAUGGUGUCGAGCACAGGCUGCUGUGAACGCAGUCUGGUGACCGCACAGAGAGUGACAAAGGAGCCCUUUUUUGUUUUCUACACGUGACAACUUGCGCUGCGACGUGACCCAAAAUGCCGCUCAGGAAUUCCAAAUGAAGAAUAGCGUGAGACUUCACCAACGUGUAAACGACGAACACCUCCGGUUGGCGCUGCGUAGUGAGUUUGUGACACCACUGGCGUUGUUUGCGUCCGAACUUUCACACCGCGGUGUUUGCGUUAAACGCGUCGAUGUCACGAGAGGUGACCGCGAGAUUGAAGCUGCCCCGCGGGCGCUCAGUCCCCCGUCUGCACUGUGCCCGGGCAUCGUCAUCUCAGUCCCCACACUCCAUGACUCGAGGACCAUGCGCUGCCGACGCAUGCACCCACACCAGCUCAGGCGGCGCAAGCAUUCUGAGCGAGACUUGAGAGUGUGCAAUGUUUUGAAUGGCAAUGCAAAUGCUCGUGACUCUCCGUAGCACGGCAAAUAAAAGUGACCACUGGA